CAAAUAACAAAAUAAGGAUGUAGGGGAGAAACAAUGAGUGGAGUGGAAGAAAAAAUGAGAGUGAUGUGAGAAUAAAGAGUGACAGUAACACUACUACAAAACAUUGUUUCUAUGACGCGCAAUCUACGAUGAUUCUCGAGAAUCAAUUUAGUAUAUGGUGAGGUGGCAAUUUUGUAAUUAGAAAUACAAUUUUUUUACGUUGUACAUUUUAAGGCGGUCAUAAAUAACCAUCUUAGAAUAGAUGGUGGUGUCAAUGUUGUAAUUACCAUAAAUUAAGACAGCGACGGUGCUGCCCUAGGAAUGUCUUUGUAUACGAUACUUAUAAUUACCUAAACGGCGUCGCUACUCCCUCACUCAUUCUCUCAGCCAUCGUUGUUCCUCUCAGCCAUUCUCUCCCUCACCUAAACGGCUCACGCACCUAAACCUCACGCACCUUACCUAAAUUUUGGUUGUUUGAAAACUCUAUGCUCUGAUUUUGAGAACUACCACUGAGGUUUUUUUUAACCCUGCUUUUUGUUUUUGUUUCAUUGUUUGGAUUCUGAAACGUUUUUGAGCUGGCUUUGUGGCCUACAACGUGAUUUGAACCUCUGAAAGACAUCGUACGUGGUGAGGAUUGAGCGAAUCGAAGCCGACACGCGUGGCGCCGACGUGAAGAUUGACGUCUGGUGGUACUAUCGGCCGGAGGAGUCAAUCGGCGGCCACCGCCAGUUUCACGGCUCCAAGGAGGUUUUCCUCUCCUAUCACUUCGAUGUUCAGAGCACCGACACAAUCAAAGCCAGGUGUACGGUCCACAGCUUCAAGAGUUACACGAAGCUCAAUGUUGUCGGAAACGAUGAUUUCUUAUGUCGUUUUGAGUACAAUUCCUCCAUCGGCGCCUUCAAUCCUGAUAGAGUUGUUGUUUGGAAAAUGGUAAGCAGUAGGUUUUUGUUAGAAUCGAGAAGCUGUGGGAUCUUAUCUUGAUUUUGACUUGUGUGAUGUAAGUUGUUUAAAAUUUUCAUUGCAAGUAUUUUGGGAUCUUAUCCUGUAGCUUUUUUAUUUGUUUUGUUGAAAAAGUUAUGGGUUUUCUCCUUGCUGCAAAUGGUCUUUUGGUUCUUUACAUUGCCAUCAACUUGUUCAAGAUUUACUAUGGUGAUGAUUGGGGUGGUCUUUUUGAGGCCAUCACUAGUUAUGGUCUUGGUGGGUCUUCUAUGGCUUUGUUUGGAAGAGUUGGUGGAGGUAUCUAUACUAAGGCUGCUAAUGUUCGUGCUGAUCUUGUUGGAAAAGUUGAAAGAAACAUCCCCGAAGACGAUCUAAGAAAUCUAGCUGUUUAUAGAAGUGCCUUGGGGUUGGUGCGUUCUAUGCUACCAUUACCACACCUUAAAGUUGGAUAUUUAACUGCACCUCCUGUGGGGACAUCGAUUGCACCUCAUAAUGACUGGAAGCGAUCAAAUUUCCUUUUGGAUCACGAAAAGCUUCAACAGCCUGGCCCGAGGGAACAUGUACUUCAGUGCUUCAUUAGGCGCAACAAUGCCUCACAGACAUAUUAUAUGUUUCUCAGUUUAUCUAGUGCACUAGUAGCUGAUGAUGGCAAGUUCCUUCUGGCUGCACGCAAGUUCAGACGCCCUACCUGCACAGAUUAUAUUAUCUUCGUUGAUGCAGAUGAUAUGUCCAGAGAAAGCAAUGCCUCUGUUGGGAAAUUGAGGUCCACUCUUAAUCAGAUACUGUUGCUAGCUAUUCUUCUUUUCUUGUUUCUUAGUGCAAAGACUAACCCUUUAUCUUCACAUUUCAUUAGAUUGCUAUUUUUGGGAACCAAGUUUACAAUCUACGAUAGAAAAAGUUGUUCCACUGAGCUGGUGGUGAAUUCAAAACUUAUAUUUAAUGUGAAAAAGUUGUUCCACUGAGCUAUUUUUGGCAACCAAGUUGGUUGUUUCACCAGAAAAUGGACAUGCUGGACUGCAAGAGGAUGAAGUCAUCCUCCAAUUUGGAAAAAUUGGGAAGGACUUGUUUACAAUGGAUUACCAGUACCCUAUCUCAUCAUUUCAAGCAUUUGCAAUCUGCCUCAACAGCUUCGCUACCACGGUUGCUUGCGAAUGAUGCAUGUUUGAACAUGUAUUCAUCUGAAAACUCAAACAUUCUAAAAUUAGAAACUAUCUUUGGACAAGAAAUGGAUAGAGAGAAAACAAAUGAAUGGUCACGGAAGUAAGAAAGCUUAGAUUAGUUCAUUAACUAUUUUUCCUUUUCUAUUAAUCACAUGAACAUCUUGUUACUGUUGUUGGUUUCCAACUAUGUUGAUAACUUCUUGAUAAUCCCAUUUCCUUUAAAAAUCAAACAAGAAAUAUAAUUUUCCUGGCUGAUGAUUUGUUGAGUGCUUAGUUUUGCCUAAGUUAUAAAAUAUACAUGUGGAUUAGAGAGGUGUAGUAUACAUGUAACAAGUAAUAUUAUAAGGUGUAGUAUCUACAUAUAUAUCAUUAUUCUUUAAUGUGGAUUGAGCAAAAACCUUGACACAUUCUUAGAAGGAAAAUGGUGCAUGACAACUAUGUCAUCCUAUUUUUACACUUUUAGAGAGAUAGAAACAUGAUCCGGUAAGAGAAAGGGUAGAGAAAAAAAUAAUUAGGAGUGUCAAUUAGGCAUACAUACUUUGUAGAUGUUCAUGUAUUAUUACUCAUACUCAUGUAGUAGUGAUACCUAAUUUUCUUACAUCCAAAUAGUGUAAAUAUUCUAUCUCAUUUUUUCUUUAUCUUUCUCUUAUGAUCACAUUUCCUAACCAAUCAUAUCAAUUACUUGUCACUAUUCUUUUCUCAUCUCGGGUAUCCCGUUGGUUGUCCAAGGAAUUUUUAUCCCUAUAGUAAUCUGUUUUCAUCAGGUCACAUCAUCGUACGAAAACAUUCUUCAUCAUAUGGAGAACAUAUCAAUUGGUAAUUUCGUCUUCACAACUCGAGAGAGUGGAAACUACUUAGCAUGCUUCUGGGUGGGUCAUAGUGAACGAGCUGGUGGAGACGUUAGUAUGAACCUUGAUUGGAAAACUGGAAUUGCAGCCAAGGAUUGGGAUUCAGUUGCUAAAAAAGAAAAGAUUGAGAUAUGAUUUUGAGGGAGGAGAUUCAUUUGCAUCGUUUGGGGAUGAUUGUGAGCGCAUCUCAAUGGAGCAGCCAAAGAUAGUGGAGGUGCAGUCAGAGAAGGAGGGGAGAGUUGGAAGGAUAAAGUUUCAGUAUGAAAGGUAUAUAAUAUAAGGGCCAUUAUUAAUUAAUGAUAUAUGGUGGACCACUUACAAAAGUUACCGGUAAGUGGCCCACCUUAAAAGCAGCCAUUACAAAAGAUGAGUAUAAUUACAGAAGAAAAUAGAAAGAAACACAAGUAUGUCAAAGGCAAAGCCUAAAACAUUUGCUUAGGUCGAUCUCUAAAAUUUUUGCUAAUGAUUACAACUUUUAUUUACAAAAGAAAUUGAAGCAAAGCUAUUCAUUAAUUUGUCAA